UUUCUGCAAAAACUGGUAAGAACUCUCGCUUCACCUUAACCGGCUGCUGCCACCUGUAGAGGAAGGCAGCUAAGGGUGGCUCUGAUGGGGCAUCUGUCACGGCAGAAGAACUUUCUCUAGGAGCUGGACAGAAAUCAGCCCUGGAGGAAGGCAGCUAAGGGUGGCUCUGAUGGGGCAUCUGUCACGGCAGAAAACCUUUCUCUAGGAGCUGGACAGAAAUCAGCCCUGUAUUCCAUACAGAACAUGCCAGAGAUAAGGACCGCUGGGCCUCGCUUUCCAAAACUAGUUCUCAACAGUUGACAUGAGUACUCCCUUUGCUGUGCUGUGCUGUGCUGUGCUGUGGUCCAGGCCCGCUAUAAUUUAGUGUCUGAAGACUAGUUCAGACCAGCAUAAAAAGUCCUAGGGGAGGAUUACUAAUAUAUAGGACAUUUUAAUGUCAUCUUCUUUAUAUCUCUGGAACUAAUCUCUGUUGAAAAGCUUACACUCAAUUGCAAAAGUUAUGGAAAAUAGACUAAUGACAAAAUACUUGUUUUCAUAUAAACAUGUUUUCCCAUUCUAGUGCUCUUUUUUCCUUAACCCAUGGCCCAUUGAGUCAAUUCCGACUCAUGGCGACCCUAUAGGACAGAGGAGAACUGCCCCAUAGAGUUUCCAAGGAGCUCCUGGUGGAUUUGAACUGCUGACCUCUUGGUUAGCAGCCGUAGCACUUCACCGCUACGCCACCAGGGUUUCCAGUGAUUCUCCAGAGAGCCCGAAUUUGGCAGUUUCUCUCAGUAUGCCCUGAUGUUCCUCGUCUCUAAAACAGUGAAAAUGUUAUGAUCUAUUUUAAUUAUGUGUUUCUCUGUGGCAGGUAUCCCAAAUCCAGAAGCUAUAACUGCCAUAGGUUUUUAUUUGAAAGCUUACUUUUUCAUGGAGAAUAGAGUAUCAAGUUACUUUUUAAAAUGAACUAAACUUUGGUCCCUGGAGGAACUCAGGGUUUACUUCCCUCCUUCCUGAUUCCCAGCUUGAUUCAUUUUGUUGUAUUAUUAACUUCGUUUACCUUCGUUCCUGCUGGAGACCACAAUAUUACUAUACAAGCCAAAUCAGAUUUAAUGAGAAAGACUUCACAGAAUGCUAUCAGACACGUCACCAAGCUCAAGCUAGGUGAUGCAUCCUGGCUUCCUUUAAUAUCCUAACAUAAUGAGUCCAUAAAACCAGAGCAAUCCCUCUCAUGUCACUUGACUAAUGAUAACAAUUUGGACUUACAUGAGACCUCAGAGUGUUUUUUGAAAUGUCAAUUUCUUAGAGAAUGAUGGAUACUAAUAAUACAAGUUGUAUUUUCAUUUCUGAUUACUGAGAGUGUCUUCUCAGAGAGAAUGCAAGAGGACCAUAUUCCUGGCAACCCUAAAUACAGAGGCAGAUAGAGACUGAAGGAUAUGAGCACAGGGCCCUUUGAGUCAUCCUCCACCCACGUCAGUAGCCUAGCAUGUGAAAUGUGAAUAGCGGGUGUGCCUACUGUGAUUUUUCAGUAAAAUGACAUAAAAGAAAGCCUGUUCAUGGAAAAGGUGUGUUUUUUAUUGUUGGUGGUGAUGGUGGUGUUUUUAUGUCAAGGUAUAUUUUGACACGGUGGCCGUUUGGCUGAAGCGUGGAACAGAUAGUUGCAUGGAUAAUGAUUUGAAAAGCUGCACCCCAACAUCAGUUUAUGUCCUAUGUGUGUGCCUGAAUUGCCAUGGCUCAUAGAUCCCAUCCCAGUUUUGCCCCUGCCUUCCCUGCUAUCCCUCCCUGCCAAGGCCCAAAGAAACCCUACCUGCUCAUAGUUGGUGGUCCGCCUCUACGUACCUGAGGAAUCUCAGGUCUGCGUCCCUGCUUCACAGUUGAAUUUACAUAUUUGUUCAUAACUUUUUUUUAGAGCACCUUACUUGUGCCGGUCACUGUACAGGGCACUCGGGAGAUUCAGGGGUGAAGCCAGUGGGGAUUUUGUCUCAAGAGGCUUAGUUAGGAAGACCAGACAUGUAAAAAAAUAAAAAACACCUUUGCCAUUGAGUCAAUUUCAUGUCCGAGUAGAACUUCCCUAUAGGGUUUCCAAGGCUAUAAUCUUCAUGGAAGCAGACUGCUAACUCUUUCCCCCGUGGAGCAGCUGGGUGGUUCAAGCCAGCCUUUCAGUUUACAGCCAAGUGCUUAACCACUGAGCCACCAGGGCUCCUUCCAGGUGUGUAAAUGAUGUAAGAAAUACAAUACAUAGUGGCAGAGGAGAGAACGUGGUUGCAGAGAAGAGAGAAAUUGCUCCUGGGUGGAGGAUUAAGGAAGGCUUCAUGGAAGAGAUCACAACUAAUAACCAAAGGAUAAGAAAGCUCAUGGAGUCACAGGACUCACAGCCACCCACUUCCACCUUCCUGCUAGCCCAGGGACAGAGGCCCUCUCGUGAGCCACCCGAGUGACCCCACCUUUUCAACAUUAUCAAAAAUCCAGGCAAACUUUUAGGUUCCUCUGGCUUUCUCUGGCCAUUUCUUCCCUUGGUGGAGAAUCUGCUUCAUUUGGCUGCUAACGUGAACAGCUGCCAUCGCUGCCACGUGUGGCCAAGACAACACGAGGUUCUGCAGUGGUAGCUGAACAGAGACUUUGAGUGCCUCCAAGGAAGAACUAGAUCUGCAGGUAAGGGCCUGCAGGGCAAUGUGGAGCACUGUGCAUCUGUUCCCCGAUACUCUUUGAUGCUCUUUAAUCUCUCUCUGUUAUAGCAAGCAUUGCUUUGGUACAAAAUGAUACAGUUCAUUUGCCUCUGUUUAGGUCCCUCCCCAAAAUUCUCUUUGGUUUUUUUUUUUUUUUUGGUUUGGUUUUUGUGGUUCCCCAGGAUUUUUUUCUUUUUUAAUUUUUGGUAAAAAUACACACAACAAAAAAACAUGUACCCAUCCAACAACUUCUCUACGUGUAGCUCAGUGGCGUUGGUUUCAUUCUUCACAUUGUGUCACCAUUCCUGUUAUCUCUACCCAUGUUGUGUCACCACCAUUAACUUUUACUCUCUGUGCCCCUUAAAGUUCUCAUCUGUGCUUUAGAAUGACUCUUGUCAAUUUGAUUUCUUAUAGAUAAUUCUGUAAAACAGCACAAUGAUCAAAGUCAACAUUCUGUAUUAAUGUUGUCAUUUAGCUUUAAGAUGACUUGAUGGGAUAGUUUUGGUUCAAGGUAAAGAUUAUUUCAGGCAAUAGGUUCGGGGCUUUCCCCAGCCUCAGUGGAUCCAGUGAGUCUGGUUUCUAUAAGAAUUUGAUGUUCUGUUCUGCAUUUUUCCUGCUUUUGAUCAGGGUCCAUCUACUGGGUCCUUGAUCAAAACAUUCAGUAAUGGUAGCCAGGCACCAACAUUUCUUCUGGUCUCAUGGCAAAGGAGGUGGUAGUUCAUGGAGGCAAUUAGACCUGCAGUCCCUUUCCCUCUCUGAUUCCUGGGCCUCCUUGUAUUAUUCCAGGCAAAUAGAGACCAGUUGUAUCUUCGGUGAUCGCUUACUAGCUUUUAAGACCCCAGGCACUACUUACUGAACUAAGAGGUAGAACAGAAACUCUGAAGACAACAUUAGACUGGAUAGACCCCCAAAACCAUGACCGUAAAGCUUCAAACCAAGAAGUCUAGUCCCAUGAGGUGUUUAAUUGUUCCUAAGUAGUUUUUUUUUUUUUUUUUUUUUUAAGUAGUAUCAACAGGUGCAGCCUUUUGGGGGAGGGGGGAGAGGGGCUGUCGUUGUUGUGAAAUAAUAUAUAACACCAUAGCUUAGUGAUAUCAGUUACGUUAGUCAAGUGGUAUAUCCAUCACCCUUAGUCAAUGCCAGUUUUCCCAUCACAAUAGACAGAAACUCACUACUUCCCAGAGAUUGAUUCCCCCUUCCUCCCCCUUCCACUCCUGAUAAGGACUAGUGAUUGUUGGUGUCUGUAUAUUUUUUUUUUUACCUGUUCUUGUCAGGGUCGCUAUGAGUCCGAAUUGACUCAACGGCAGUAGGUUUGGUUUGGUUUUUCGGAUCAUUUCAUUUAAGUGAGACGACACGAUAUUUGUCCUUUUGUGAUUGGUUUAUUUCACUUACAUUAUAUCUUCGGGGUUCAUCCAAGUUAUGGCAUGUUUCAGGACUUCAUUUUUCUUUAAGGCUGAGUAGUAUUCCGUUGUGCGUGUGUACCAUAUUUUGUUUGUCCAUUAUCUGUUGGGUUAACUUGGGUUGUAUUGUGAAUGGUGCUGCAGUGAACAUAGGCAUACAUACGUAUCUGCUCGUGUCACAACUUCAAGGUCCCUAGGGUGUAUACCUACCUAGGGGUGGAAUUGCUGGUCAAGUGGUGCAGUUUCUAAUCUUUUGAGGGAUCCCCAUACUGUUUUCUGCAAUAGUUGUACCAUUUUACAUUCCCACCAACAGUGUGUCAGGGCUCCAAACUCCUCACUUCCUCGGCAUUAUUUGCUGCUUUCUGUUUUAUUGAUCAUUGCCAUUGUAGUAGGGAUGAGGUAGUGUCUCAUUGUAAUUGUGAUUUUUAUUUCACUAGUGGCUAAUGACUACUGUUACCCACUCCCAUCAAGCCUAUUCCAACUCCUAGCAACCCUAUAGGACAGAAUAGAACUGCCCCAUAGGAUUUCCAAGGCUGCAAACUUUGCAGAAGCAGACUACUGCAUCUUUCUCCUAUGGAGCUGCUGGUGGCUUCAACCUUUCUGUUAGCAGCCAAGUGCUUAACCACUGUACCACGAGGACUCCAUGAAAGUAGUAGAGAGUCAUUGAAAAAGUGGAAGAUCCCUACAACUAGAUGGACUGACAUGGUGGCUACAAUAAUGGUGAGGAUGGUGCAGGGCCGGGCAGCAUUUCAUUCUGUCAUACAUAGGGUCACUAUGAGUUGGAACCACCACCUAACAACAGCACUUAACAACAACAGCACCUAUCAAAAACAGCACCUAACACCAGCACUUAACAACAACAGCGCCUAACAACAACAGCACCUAACACCAGCACCUAACAAGAACAACAAUGGCUAAUGAUGAUGAGCAAGGUUUCUUAGGUUUGUCGGCCACCUGAAUAUCCUUUUUGUGAAGUGUUUGUUCAUGUCCUUUGCUCAUUUUUUAUUAUUAUUAUUGAGUUAUUUGUCUUUUUCUUAUUGUAAAAGUUUUAUACAGGUUUUGAAUAUUAGACCCUUAUUGGAUGUAUUGUUCCCAGCAAUUUUUUCCCAGUCUAUAGGUUGUCUUUUUACUCUUUUGAUAAAGUCUUUGGAUGAGAAUAAAUUUCUGUUGUUUUAAGUCUUAAUUAUCUAGUGCUGCUAUAGAAGAAAUGCCACAUGCCUGAGGUCUUAAAAGCUAGUAAGCGGUCAUCUCAGAUGCAUCAAUUGGUCCCAACCCACCUAGACCAAAGGAGAAUGAAGAACAGCAGAGACACAAGGAAAAUAUUAGCCCCAGAGACAAAAGGGCCACAUCAGCUUGAGACCAGAAAAACCAGAUGUUGCCUGGCUACCACCAGUGACCUUCCUGACAGGGAAUACAACAGAGAAUCCCUGAUGGAGCAGGAGAAAAGUGGGGUGCAGAACUCAAAUUCUGGUAAAAAGACCAGAGUUAACGGUCUGACUGAGUCUAGAGGAACCCCAGAAGACAUGGCCCCUGGACUCUCUGUUAACCAGAACUGAAGCUAUUCCUGGAGCCAACUCUUCAGACAAAGGUCAGACUGGACUGUAAGACAUAAAAUAAUACUCGUGAAGGGUGUGCUUCUUCUGAGUUCAAGUAGCUAUGCAAGACUAAGCGGGCAGCUCCUGUCCGGAGGCAGGAUGAAAAGGCAGAAAGGGAUAGGAGCUGGUUGAAUGGACAUGGGAAACCUGGGGUGGGAAAGGGGAGUGUGCUGCCACAUUAUAGGGAUUGCAACUAGGAUCACAUAACAAUAUGUGUAUAAAUUUUUAUAUGAGAAACUAACUUGAGCUGUAAACUUUCACCUAAAGCACAAUUAAAAAGAUGAAAGAAAUGCCACAAGUGAGUGGCUUUAACAAACAAAUUUAUUUUCUUACAGUUUAGGAGGCUAGAAGUCCAAAUUCUGAGUGUCAGCUCCAGGGAAAGGCUUCUUUCUGUCGGCUCUGGAGGAAGGGCUUUGUCUUUCUGAGCUUUGGUCCUGGGCGAUCUUCGUGUGGCUUAGCAUCUCUCUUCCCCCAUCUCUGCUUCUGUCCCUUGCUUGUUUAAUCUCUUUUAUAUCUCAAAAGAGAUCGACUCAGGAUACACCGUACACUAAUCCUGCCUCAUUCAUAUAACGAAGGCAGCCCAUUCCCAAAUGGGAUUGUAACGACAGGCAUAGAUGGUAGGAUUUGCAUCACAUAUCUUGGGGGGCACAGUUCAGUCCGUAACAGGUCCCUGUUACCUAUGCUGUCUUCUGCUGUCCGUGCAUUUGCCGUCGUAAUCCUUUGGUUUUAGCAUCAAGUGGAAAUCCAUAAGUGAGCGAAUAACAUAGCAACAAAGGCUAGAAAUGAAACAGGACAUGGGACAUUUUUUCACUAAAAUAAGGAGUGCUGGUGGCACAAUGGUUAAGCGCUCAGCUGCUAACUGAAAGAUUGGCAGUUUGAACCUACCCAGGAGCUUCAGGGGAGAAAGACCUGGUGAUCUGCUCCCGUAAAGAUUACAGCCUAGAAAACCCUAUGGGGCAGUUCCGCUCUGUCGCACGGGGUCACUAUGAGUUGGAAUCGACUCGACAGCACACAACGACAACAAUAAACUAGGAAUCCUCGCCCUCAUAUUACUCCUCUCACCCCAAAAUCGUUUGUGAGUAUUACAAAAGAGAUUUAAAACCAGCUUUUGGCCAUACUCAGUUGAUAUAUUGUUUGAAUUAUUUAUACAAUUUUUAAAUGCUAUUCUGUAAGCCUCACUCUUUGGAAGUCCUUUAUAGAAUAACAGAAAAGCAAAACCAUGUCAUAAGAAAACAUCUGAAUCUUUACAGCACAGCAGAAAUAAAAAUGGGAAUAAGAAAGGACACUUGAUGAAUUCUCUGAUUGUCUUCACUCUGUCAUUGUUCUCAGGAGUGUAGGGAUGGACCUUGAGGAAUACAUUCAGCUAUAGUUGGCUCGUUUUUUUCUAAAUCAUAGAACAUGUCCUGUCAUAAUAUAUGUCCAAGUUAUUUUUUGUUAGCAUUGUAUCCCCAGAAUCUAGCACUAUGCCUAACACAAAGGUUCUCUAUAAAUAUUUUUAAAAGAAGGAAGAAUACAUUUGUCUGUCUGACACGAUAGAUGGAUCCUGCUAGAAUGGGAAAAGUAUAGCACAGAACUUCAUAUUCCCAAAGAAUCCAGACUUACUGGAUCCAUUGUGGCUGGAGGUGCUCCGAGACAACUGCCCUAGCGUGUUCUUCAGACCUUGAAAUGAAAUCACCCCCUGAAGUCAUCUUUAAACAAACAAAAUGAACACUGCAGCUCAAAAAGUAAAGAAUGUCAUCCUUAUGUUUUGUGCUUUUAAAAGAAAAAUUAUACGAGACCAAAAUGGUGACAGUAACUCUGAAGCAUAGAUGAGAAGUUUAGGGGGCAGUGAGUCUAAAUUAACGAGGGUGAGACAACUAGAGCAGAAAUAACCAGAACGCUGACAUAAUGUGAGAGACAUAAGCAAUGUUACUGAACAACAUGUAGAAAUUAUUAAAUGGGAACAUGUUUUAAUGUGUUUUUUUUCCACUAAAAAUUAAAUUUAAAAAGAUGUGUCUGUCUCAGAUGGAUGUGUACUAAGGAUCCCAGUCUGUUUAGCAAGCUGGUUCUUUAAAUUAUUCAAGCUGUUUGGAGCCAGUACAAAAAUAAACAAAUGAAUUUUAUAACCAAAUUAGCGUGGCCUCCCUGAUUUCAUCUUCAGAUGUCUCUGGCAAGCGGACUCGCAGCAUCAUCUCUGCUGCAUUUGGGACUAACAACAGUGAGGCUAGGGUCUGAGCAAGGAUCUUACUAGCCCUGUAGGGACCUUCUUUUCUGGCCUAAUUUUUUUUUUUUGGUUUACAAAUAUUAAUUUCAGAUGACGAGGCCGUGGUCAUUCAGGGCCUGCCCAUGGGCAGCUUUGAUUGCCCUCCUUCCAAAUUUGUAGGUCAGUUUUUCAGAAGUAAAGUUUCCCCGAUAUGGUAAGACAGCACUUUAAACUCAACAGUAUGCCAUUUUAUAUUUAGGUCUCAAGAAGGAACGGCAGAACCAUCUGGUGCGGUUCUCAGAGAGUCAUGAGCUGAACGGACCCUCCUUCUCAGCAUCUUGUAACAUGGUCUCAGGCUUAAACCCUACAGUGUGAAAAUCCUAGGAUAGUGCAGGCUGUAUCAUAAUCUUUAAAAAAGUCAACUGCCGAAAUCCUAUGUCUUGAAAAGGGUCAAUAGCCGCAGUCUGUCUACCUUUACGUGUUCCAUGAAAAUUAUGUUGGAAGGUUAACAUGGAAUUGAAAAACAAAACUAAUUGAGAAAUAAGUAAACGUUUUCUGUGUACCAGCACAAUGGAUUAAGUUACUGUGUUAGAGAUUGGGUAGAUUUUUAAAAACGUGUCCCAUGACUGGGUUAUUAGCUGCAUCGUAGCUUUUCUCUGUUCUCUUUCUGUUAUGUCGUUGUUGUCAGCUGCCCUCAAGCCAGCCCCAGACUCAUGGCAACCCCAUGCACAGCGGAACGAAAUGCUGCCGGUCCUGUGCCAUCCCCAAGGUUUGUUGUGGAAGUGUUCUCAGUGGCUGAUUUUCGGCAGUAGUUCAUCAGGCCUUCCUUCCUAGUCCUUGUUAGUCCAGGAGCUCCUCUGAAACCUGUCUGGCAUCGUAGCAACACUUAAGCCUCCGCUGACAAACGGGUGGCGGCUGCACGUGAGGUCCCUUGGCUGGGAAUUGAACCUGGUCUCCCACGUGGAAGGCAAGAAUUCUAUCACUGAGCCACCACCGCCUCCGUGUAGUAAGUCUCGUUGAGCUGGAGAAGAUAACUCAUUUACUAUUUCUACCACAGAGCGGAAGUAGUGUGCAAGCCCCGUGCUACUUAAUAGCUGUCCCACCAAGAAGACUUGAACCUUCAGGGAGAAAGCCGUUGUCACAUUAACACUUGUUCCUCUACACCCAUGCUUUCGUCUCAAAGGUCCGGGGAGCCAUUUGCAGCAAAGGUGCUUGGAGACUUUGGCUUACCUUCAUUAUAAUUAAUAAGGGGAGCUGACAGGUGAUUGGAAAAUAGGUUAGAUUUGCCACAGCCUGGAAAAUACCAGAGACUCGGUUUUUAUUUGGUGUCCUGAACUUGAAGUUCCAAUUUCUCAAUAUUUUUUAUCUUGCUCUAAUAACUGUGCAAUGCCCUUUCCAGGAGACAUUGUUCACAUUAAUUUCUAAAUCCCUUUGAAAGAUAUUUACACAGACCGUGGAGAUGUAAAAAUGUAAAAUAUAAAAAUAUUGUGCUUUUUCUUUCAUUUGUUAAAAAAUCUAUUUUAGAAUUCCAUAAUCAGACUGAUCUCUGACAAAAAUCUCCAUCACUUUACUAACGAAAGGCAGCGGGGAUUUGAAAUGUAUUUUCACCCUGGGAGAUUAAAAAAAAAAAAAAAAACCUAAUGUUUAAGUGUCAACAGAGGAUUUGAAUAUUGGAUUCAAUUCAAAUACGAAAUUUGUUAAGUAUGAACCCACCGUUUUACUAAACUAAUUACCUUUGUUGUGUACUUCAAGUUUUUCUGAGUAUUCAUUUAUAAAUGUAUGUUUCCUAUAAAUUAUCUAAUUUAAAUAUACCAGCUAGCAGAUGGCCACAUAUAACUUAUUAAAUGCACCAUUUGCUAGCCUUCUAUACAGAGAGGCAAUAGCAUGAUAAAAGCAUACACAAAAUUUAAGGUAUGUCCCGAAUUAAGCCUUAAGUGACUCUGUCCAUUGAAAAAUACGAAAACAAACGGAAAUGAAGAGCCAUCCGUAUGCAACCACGUUUUGAAUAGGAAGAAGCCUGACCCUGGUGCUCUGCCCCUGCUGCACUGCUCCCUGCUGUGUGGCCAUGGUGCUCUGCCCCUGCUGCACUGCUCCCUGCUGUGUGGCCAUUGUGAGCAGACCUCAGUCUUGGCCUGUGCUUAUAGAGAGAUUUAUACAUGGCUCCCUUAGGCAUAAUAGGGACCACGACAGUCAUCCUGGUCUGCACCUAACUUUUUUUUCCUGAUUGUAUAUCUUGGGUAUCUUCCCAAAGUCAUACAUCUAUAUUUGCCUCAUUCUUUUUAAAACCAGGAGCCCUGGUAGUGCAGUACUUAUGCACUCAGCUGUUAACCAAAAGGUCAGUGGUUUGAACUCACCCAGCAGCUCCACGGGAGAAAGACCUGGCAACCGCCUAGGAAAGCCCAUGGGGAAGUUCUGCUCGGUGACAUGGGGUCUCUACGAGGUGGAAUCGACUCAGCAGCGGUAACAACAGAUUCCUGAAAGCGGAAUGACUAGGUCAUAGGGUAUUCAUCUUUCCCAUGACCCUGGCUAAAUUCUGUACCCAAACAAACUGUGAGCAUAAUAAAAUGGCUUUCUACCUCACAGAGUUUUGGGUUGUUGCCCGUUAGUCACCAGAACCCUAGCCCUCCUGAGUCCCCGAAAAUCUGGUUGAGCCCCAUGCUGAUGACUACUGAUGAUGACAGAGGACCGCUCAAAGCCGGUGACUGCCGCGUCAGUAGAGAUGCCAUAUGGCGGGUGCUGUGAAUGCGAAUUAUAGAGUUGAACCUUGGUUUUGGCAAGCUUCUCUGCUUCCUGACCCUCUGUUUCAUGAUAUGGUAAAUGGGAGCAGUGAUUCCUACUUGCAGAGUUCCUGUGUGGAUUAAAGUUGAUGUGUGUAAAGCACAGCACAGUGCUAGCACCGAACCAGAAGUAAUAAAAAAUAAUGAUAUGAUUUCCUGAUUUUUCUUACCUGUCAUUUUGCUUAUCAGAAUGAAGCUUUAUCGCAUCAUGAGUGGUUUUCUUAUUUUAUGAAGGAGAUACACAAGUAAACCACGUGUAACUUCAAGCAAAGUUAGAAAGACAAACUUGUAAGAGCGUUUAGCUUAGAUGAUAAAUGCGGUUAGAACAUGAGAAAGCCGUGUAAACACACCCAGGUCGUUUGGUGCCUUCAGGUGGGAGUGGGCACGCCCUUCAGAGCCACCGUGAGUAACACCGAAUGAGCUGUAGUCAUCAAAACACUGAGAAUUAAAAAAGAAAAUUAAUCCCCAAAGGAAAUCACUGUAGAUCUCAUUAGUCCAGGAAGAACCUACCUUAGGACUUUAAUUAAAAGUAACAUUAAUUCCAAAUAAAUGAGUGCUGGCAGUUUUCUGCAGAAUUCAUGAUCUCAGUUCUGCUAAGUGUUCUUAUAUUACCGUGCAGACAUCAUUAAUCUCGUGUGAGAUGCCCUCCAGUCUGACGGCCUUAUGGCACUGGGGCGACUUCUUGCCGAAGCCUUCUUAUCUUUACUGAAGAGCUAUAAUUCAUGCAGAUGCUUGGUGUGAAGAGAUCUGGGCAGUCAGAGACGCCUUCGGAGGUCCACAGUGGCACUUCAUCAACUUAGAAAGCAUCUCCUGAGGACUUGGCUCUCAGAUGGAGCUCAGUAUCACCAUCGAAUUCGCAGGGGUUAUUUUAUUAUUUUAUUUAUGUAUUCCUACAAAUCUUUGCUCCAGGCAAGCAUCAGGUGUUUUACAAAAAUUCUCACAACCAGAUAAAAUAGAAAUUUUCAACAAGUCGAUGAAGAAAAUGAGGCGAAGGAGAGACUGAGUAGAAAGGCAAGAUGGAGUGAGGCUAAUGCCCAAAAUGCGUGCCAUAAAUUCUGUGAGGUCAUCUACCUUAUGGCUUGUUGGCUGAUUGUUGGCUUAUGUUUCAAGUCUCGUAUACUGGUUAAGUCAGAAUUUUGUUCCGUGCCCAUUCUGAUUAUCGUCUGUGUAGUUUAGUAAUAGACACUGUUAUGGAUUGAAUCGUGUCCCCAAAAAGAUAAGUUGAAGCCCUAACCCCUGUAACUGUGAACAUGACCUUGUCUGAAGAAAAAGUUUUUCUUUUACCAGUUGGGUCAAACGAGGUCAUACCUGAUUAGGGUGGGUACUAGUCCUAAUCCCUCCAAGUGGUGUUUUAUAAAAAGGGACUGACCACACGCGGGGGAGAGACCAGGUGAGGAUCCAUCUACAAGCCAAGGAACACCCAGAGAUAUGGACAAGGAAGGACGCUCCACUAGAGCUGAUGCCCUAAUUGGGACUUCUAGCCUCCAAAACUUUUAAACAAUAAAUUACUAUUCUUUAAAGCCACCUACUUUGUGGUAUUUUUUUAUGAUAACCCUGGGAAGCUAAGAUAAGAAAAAAAAAUUUUUUUUUUGAUAGAUAAAUAAAAUUCUUUUCUAAGCACCGUGAGUACAUGCCCAGUCUGAACAGAAACCAAAAUGGUUUGAAGGGUGUCUUAGUCAUCUAGUGCUGCUAUAACAGAAAUACUAUAAGUGGUUGCCUUUAACAAAUACAAAUUUAUUCUCUCACAGUUUAGAAGGCUAGAAGUCCAAAUUCAGGGCACCACCUCCAGGGGAAGCUUUCUCUCUGUUUCUCUGGGAAAAGAUCCUUAUUCCUUGAUUCUCUGGCAAUCUUCUUGUGUUAUGGUGUCUAUCUUCUUCCAUCUCUGUUCCCUCACUUGCUUGUUGAAUCUUUUAUUUCUUGAGAGAGAUUGAUUUAAGACACACCCUACAUGGAUCCUCUCUCACUAAGACAACCCAUUGCCAAAUGUUAUUAAAACCACAAACAUAGAGUUUAGAAUUUACAACACAUAUUAUGGGGGACACAAUUUAAUCCAUAACAAAGGGGAAAAAAUAAGGCCAAUCAUUUUCUAGAAAUGUCACCUAGUGAGCUUUUUAUUUAAAACCUGUGGCACUAUGGCAGGUGACAAAGCAAAUAUCAAAGGAAAAAAAAAUCUUGGAAACAACCAAUUACAUUUAACAGAGUCCUUUAAUGGAUAUAUGGUUUUUGAUAUCUUAUGGCAUACAUUAUUAGAGUCUAAUUUUGCCAAACCUAUGCAGGGAGGACAGUCUUCAAGAAAUAGCAACUUGGAAUACAAGCAUUUUAGAGGACAAGGCAAGACGAUUUCAAGUCCACUCGAAGACUGAACAUAAUCAGAAAGCAGCAGCCACCAAAAAGGAGAACUUAACGUUGGAAAAUUCCCUCCGUGAACUCAAAUUUUCCUCGGAUUUUUACUUCGCCAGAUGAAACACUUGCUGUAGAGAGGGUGCUAUCUCAAAAGGAAAGGUAUGGUAUUGGCAUUUAGGGCAGGACAAUUCUGUGGUGUGCUGGAGUGCGCCACACUUAGCGACAUUUUUAGCAUCCCUGGUCUCCACCAGUGAGGGGAAUAGGGAGCCUUAAGGGACACAGCCUGGCUGGCAGCCAACUAUGCCUUGGCAUUGUCUCCCUGGGGAAUGAGGGGUGCUCCCGAUGGAAUGGGAGCCCAGAAUAUAGAUUAAGUUGUAAGAAAAUAAAAUUACAUUCCUUGCUUAAAAGUUUGUAGAUAGAGCUUGGUACUCAUUAACUCCUGUCUAGCGGAAAGAAUUCAGGGUUGGGAAUAGGGCUGCUGUGGACGAAGGAGCAACACCGAAGGUGGCACCAUUCCUAGAAUUCAUACAUUGUUGAUUCGUAUACUUAUUAAGAGAAUUUUUCCCAUGAGUGGAAGUAUCUUAAAGGAGAGGCAUUUUUUUCUAACUUGAAAAAAGGUACCCUAUGGAUUAGAGGCAGCCCUGACAGAGGGUUUGAAGAGCUUGGGACUUAUGGUUUUAUUAGACAAGUCGCUCAAUCUCUAGGGGCCAUUUCCCCAAAAGGGUAUAAAGCCAACCUGUUAGAAGACUGGUAAGGCAGCUGGCUGGAAAGAAGGUAAACACUGAAAAGAAAUGAAUCAUACCUCUUAGAGAAAAUGGGUAUAGCAGGUAACUUCAAAUUAAAAAAAAAUUUUUUUGAAAGAUUUUGGGGUUAAGACAGAUCCCCAAACAUAGUGCCUGAGGCCCUUAAUACUUCAGUCAUUUUUCCCCCACCCCAGGCCUAAAAAAAUACCUAACAUUUUUAUUAAGUAGUAAGAUCCAAACAACUGUUUAUAUCCUGAAAACUCAUUAGUCUUUUUAAAAAAAAUAAUAUACCUAAAUUGAAAGAAAAAAAUAUUUGUAUAUCAUUCUUAAAUAACCGCUUAGUAAUGGGUGUGUCAAUAAACAUCAAUAAAACAGAGGUAAACAUCUUUCUAGUAUUCUCUGCUUUCAGCCAGGAUCCAUCUGACAUCAGCAAUGAUAUCCCUGGUUCCACGUCCUCUUCUGAAACCGGCCUGAAUUUCUGGCAGUUCCCUGUCGAUAUACUGCUGCAGCCAUUUUUGAGUGAUUAUGCAAAGGCAUUCGAUUGUGUGGAUCAUAACAAACUACAGAUAACACUGCGAAGAACAGGAAUUCCAGAACACUUAAUUGUGCUCAUGAGGAACCUUUACAUAGAUCAAGAGGCAGUUGUUCGGAUAGAACAAGGGGAUACUGAUUGGUUUAAAGUCAGGAAAGGCGUGCGUCAGGUUUGUAUUCUUUCACCAUACCUAUUUAAUCUGUAUGCUGAACAGAUAAUACCAGAAGCUGGACUAUAUGAAGAAGAACGGGGCAUCAGGAUUGGAGGAAGACUGAUUAACAGCCUGUGUUAUGCACCUGACACAACUUUGCUUGCUGAAACUGAAGAGGACUUGAAGCACUUACUAAUGAAGAUCAAAGACCACAGCCUUCAGUAUGGAUUACACCUCAACAUAAAGAAAACAAAAAUCCUCACAACUGGACCAAUGAGCAACAUCAUGAUAAAUGGAGAAAAGAUUGAAGUUGUCAAGGAUUUCAUUUUACUUGGAUCCACAAUCAACAGCCAUGGAAGCAGCAGUCAAGAAAUCAAAAGACGCAUUGCAUUGGGCAAAUCUGCUGCAAAGGACCUCUUCAAAGUGUUGAAGAGCAAAGAUGUCACCCCGAAGACUAAGGUGCGCCUGACCCAAGCCACGGUAUUUUCAAUCACAUCGUAUGCCCGUGAAAGCUGGACAACAAAUAAGGAAGACCAAAGAAGAGUUGACGCCUUUGAAUUGUGGUGUUGGCGAAGAAUAUUGAAUAUACCAUGGGCUGCCAAAAGAACAAACAAAUCUAUCUUAGAAGAAGUACAGCCAGAAUGCUCCUUAGAAGCAAGGAUGGCGAGACUGCGUCUUACAUACUUGGACAUGUUGUCAGGAGUGAUCAGUCCCUGGAGAAGGACAUCAUGCUUGGCAGAGUACAGGGUCAGUGGAAAAGAGGAAGACCCUCAACAAGGUGGAUUGACACAGUGGCUGCAACAAUGAGCUCAAGCAUAACAACGAUUGUAAGAAUGGCGCAGGACCGGGCAGUGUUUCGUUCUGUUGUGCACGGGGUCGCUACAAGUCGGAACCGACUCGACGGCACCUAACAACAACAACAACAAUGGGUGUGUGCCAGUCAAGUGCUGCACAACUCCUCAAACCUUGGAAACAGAUCGAAGGCUGCCGCCCUUGUUUCUUGGUCCACAUUGGGUUUUGUGAGGUGGUGCCAUCGAGUGACUUUUGACUCAUAGUGACCCCAUGUCAGCAGAAGUGCCCAUAGGGUUUUUUAGGCUGUGACAUGUACCAGGGUGGAUCGCCGGGUCUUUCUCCCAUGGGGUCGCUGGGUAAGUUUGAACCACCAAUCUUUAUGUUAGUAGCUGAGUGCUUAACUGUUGCAUUACUGCAAUUUUCAAACAUUUCCUAAAGAUAUGGCAUCGUCUAAGGAAAUGCAGCUCAAUCUAAUAUUGAAAGCGUGAACUACCUCAAGCUAGUGCUUUGCACAGAUGUCGAGUUUCUCUUUCUCUCAAAAACAUUAAAUCCCAUGAUGCCCCUGAGUCUUACUCCUAGAGUGCCUCAGCACACAGUUUUAGGAAAAAGAGACUCUAGACACGCUGAAAUUAGCUGUGGAAAAGACAUUUAUGAUAGCCUGACGCAAUCACUCUAGAGAGCUAUAAUUAAGUUACAAGUCCAGCACUCAUAAGCUUGUUUGAUAAUGACUUCAAAAGCAUUUUGAAAAUUCUGAAGUGUUGUAGCAACAAUAAUUGAAGAAUUAGCUGGUGAAAGAGCUGUCAGCUAGAAUGCAAACUCUAAGAGGGUCAGGAGCGUUGUAUCCUCAAUGCCCAGAAUGUUGUUGUUAGGUGCCAUCAAGUUGGUUCCAACUCAUAGCAACUCUAUGUACAACAGAACAAAACCCUGCCCAGUCCUGUGCCAUCCUCACAGUCAUUGUUAGGCUUGAGCCCAUUGUUGCAGUCGCUGUGUCAACCCAUCUCGUUGAGGGUCUUCCUCUCUUUCACUGACUCUCUACCAACCAUGAUGUCCUCCAGGGACUGGUUCCUUCUGAUAACAAGUCCAAAGUAUGUGAGACGUAGUCUUGCCAUCCUUGCUUCUAAGGAGCAUUCUGGUUGUACUUCUUCCAAGACAGAUUGGUUGUUCUUUUGGCAGUCUAUGAUAUAUUCAAUAUUCUUCUCCCACACCACAGUUCAAAGGUGUCAAUUCUUCUUUGGUCUUCCUUACUCAUGGUCCAGCUUCUGCAUAUAUGUGAACAAAAAAAACCAAACCCAUUGCCGUAGAGCUGAUUCUAACUCAUAGCGUUCAGAGGCUCCUGCCUAACUUAUGCUGUACUAAAGCUGUCACUUUUUAACAGUGUAAUUCUAAGAAAAAUUCCUAUGGGAAAUAAGAAAUGAAAAUGUCUCACAAAUUAUUUUAUUUUGCCUUAAUCCACAACUGUUUUAAUGCUAUCAUUAUCACCAAUAAGUUAUUACAUUUAACUUUAAGGCCUUUUUUUUUAUUGUUUUUUAAGUGUGGCCUCCUUAAUGUCUUAUUCUCAUACUGUAGGAUCUCUAUGAGUCGGAAUUGACUGGAUGGCAACGGAUUUGGUUUUGGCUUUUUAUACUAUUUUAAACAGCAAAUAAUUUCUGACCUUUUAAAAUAAUUUUGCCUUGAAACUGCAGCCGAGGCUAGGAAAACUAAGUUAGGACUCUCCUGAUAAUGUGCAUGCCCUCUGAGUUUCAUGGUAAGGCCUGAGGAGAGGCAAAUAUCCUAUUCUCUGCAAGAGCUAUGCCAUCUUAAUUUGGGCUGUGAAGUCUGCUCUACCUCAUGCCCCAGUCUCAGGGGAAGUUGGCUGCCAGAGAACUUGGCUAAAGGAUCGAAUUUCAGGCUCCCAAAAUAACCCACAAGUACUCCUGCUGCCACCUCCAAAUCAGGCUUUGCACGCUUCUUCACGCUGGCAGAGUGCCACCCUCUGGCCAGAUCCCAGGAGGCCUUGAUGGACCAUGGAUGCCCCUCCAUCUCCACUGGACAGCCCCCUAGAGCAAGCUGGGGAGCCCACAGAAUUGAAGGUGGGCAUGCAGGGGCAUUUUCUCUCUUACACCUUUGUCAUUCUCUUUUCUUUAUCUCCUCCUUUUCUUCUCCCAGUUUCUCCUCCACCUGUUCUCUGGCCCUGGCAGGCCUCCGGACAAUGUUUUCCAAAACUCGGUAAUUUGUGUACCGCUGUCAUACUUAUUUUAUUCCCAUGUCCAAAUUCCCCUUGUACUAUUUCUUUGAAUUAGCUCUUUUCCACUUAAAAAAGGCUAUCGAUUUUUUUUAUUAAUGUACAGAGCUGCUUUAAAUUUAAAACCAGUUCCACUUGCCAUAAAUAAAAACCAGUUGCCAUUGAGUUGAUUCCGACUCAUGGCGACCCCAUGUGUGUCAGAGCAGAACUGCUGCACAGGGUUUUCAACCACUGAUUUUCUAGAAGUACAUCACCAGGUCUUUCUUCGGAGGCACCUCUAAGUAGAUUUGAACCGCCGGCCUUACAGUUUGAAGCUGAGCACUGUCAACUGUUAGCAACAUCCAGACACUUCUGCCAUAAAUACAAUACAAUGGAAAUAAAAAUAUAUAGCAAUUGAAUUUUAACUGGAUAUAGCUGUUUGCUACAGGCCCUGUGCCUGAGUCCCGCUCUGUUAAAUAGGAACGUUGGAGAGAUGUUAGACAUAAACGGCAUCAACAUGAGACUCGCUCCAUGAAAUAGUGAGACAAGGGAAGAGGACUGAGAAGAGAGCAACUGUCUGACUUAUUUUUUAAUGCCAUGUCUGCAUAUUACUUAAAUGCUUCCAACUUUGGGAAGCAUUGCUUUGAGUUUUCGACUCACAAAAUAUUUGUGUUGAAAUUUGAUAGGCCUCAUCGCCUUUCUUUAAAGCAUUGAACACAUUGUUGGCGAAGUAUACUCCAAAACUUUUUGUACAUUUUUUUCUCAUUACUUGUCCGCCACUUUUGACCAACCACCACAGAGUGUUUCGGAUGUAAGACCCCUUCCCGAGUAUCACAGAACAUGGCCGGUGGAUGGGGCUUUGCGGAUCGUCCAAAUUUCUGCCCAACUCCCUGUUCCGAAAAGAGGCUUGGAGACUGGAGCCGAGGGCGACUUUCCCAAGGUCAUACAGAGGGCACUCUAACGUUUGGGUGCGUGAAACCCAGAGCACCAGCCUUCCCAUCCCUCAGGGGGCUUCGUGAAGGGUGACCCAGCCGACGCCUGGCCAGAGCCUCGCCGCCUCUGUUGAGCUCCGUUGUCAUGGCAGCGGCGCAUUGUUCCCGCCCCCUCUUGGUGAC